AUCAGGCGCGCUGUGAGGCGAACCGAUACCACCACACGAGCUUUCCGGGAAGCAAGCUCAAGUCGCGGAGAGGGAAGGGAGGUCGCGCGCUCCGGGCGGGGCGCGCUCCCACGUCUAGCGCAGCGGCAAGGGCAGGUUGUCCCGAGCGCGGUUCUGAGGCCACCGUGCGGCCUCGAUUGGAGGUGGCUGUGAUGAAGAGCGGUUACCACACAAUGAAACGUGGGCACCUCCGCUCCCAUGAAAGCCUCCGGGUAGAGCUCCGAGGCCGGCCGGUGCGCCCCGACGGCAGUCGGGUCAAAGUGGCUUAGAGUGCCGCGCGCCCCGCCCCCCGCAGGCCCCGCCUCGCCAGGUCGUGCUGCCCUCUACCCAGUACUUAAAACCCGGAGGCGCGGCGGGAUGGCGCGCUUUGACUCCGGAGUGGAAGUAAGCACCUCUGCGACGCCAGCUGUGAGAGCCGCAAGGGCAUGGGAAUUGACGCCCCUCACCGAUCCCCAGUCUUAAUCCCAGCGCUGUGAGGAAACCCCUACUUUGCAAGUCCCCAAGUGCAGCCGGGCUCGGCGAGAGAAGCACCUUUCUCCGUCCACAUCCCAAUCCACUCGCUCCUGGCUCUGACGACGUCAAGGGACUCGAGUGGGGUUUAAAGCUCCCAGUGCGGGGAGCAGGUGUCCAGGGCGGGCCUGCGGGUUCCUGUUGACGUCUUGCCCUAGGCAAAGGUCUCAGCCCCUUCUCGGAGCCGGCUGUCCCGCGCCACUGGAAACUGCACCUUCCCGCAGCAUGGCCACCAGCCUCAGCUCGAACGACCCUUGGCCGCUAAACCAGCUGUCCGUCCAGCAGACCACGCUCCUGCUACUGCUGUCGGUGCUAGCCGUUGUGCAUGCGGGCCAGUGGCUGCUGAGGCAGAGGAGGCGGCCGCUCGGGUUCGCGCCCCCGGGGCCGUUCGCGUGGCCACUGAUUGGAAAUGCCGCGGCGAUGGGCCAGGCGGUUCACCUCUCGUUUGCGCGCCUGGCGCGGCGCUAUGGCGACGUCUUCCAGAUCCGCCUGGGCAGCUGCCCCAUAGUGGUUCUGAAUGGCGAGCGCGCCAUCCACCAGGCCCUGCUGCAGCAGGGCGCGGUCUUCGCCGACCGGCCGUCCUUUGCCUCCUUCCGCGUGGUGUCCGGCGGCCGCAGCAUGGCUUUCGGCCACUACUCCGAGCACUGGAAGGUGCAGCGGCGCGCAGCCCACAGAACGAUGCGCGCCUUCGCCACGCGCCAGCCGCGCAGCCGGCAAGUACUGGAGGGCCACGUGCUGAGCGAAGCGCGCGAGCUUGUGGCACUGCUGGUGCGCGGCAGCGCGGACGGCGCCUUUCUCGACCCGAGGCCGCUGACCGUCGUGGCCGUGGCCAACGUCAUGAGCGCCGUGUGCUUCGGCUGCCGCUACAGCCACGACGACCCCGAGUUCCGUGAGCUGCUCAGCCACAACGAGGAGUUCGGGCGCACGGUGGGCGCGGGCAGCCUGGUGGAUGUGAUGCCCUGGCUGCAGCGCUUCCCCAACCCAGUGCGCACCGCUUUCCGGGAAUUCCAGCAGCUCAACCGCAAGUUCAGCAACUUCGUCCUGGACAAGUUCUUGAGGCACCGCGAAAGCCUUCGGCCCGGGGCCGCCCCCCGCGACAUGAUGGACGCCUUCAUACUCUCUGCGGAAAAGAAGGCGGCCGGGGACUCCGACGAUGAUGGCGCGCGGCUGGAUUUGGCGGACGUACCGGCCACUGUCACUGACAUCUUCGGCGCCAGCCAGGAUACCCUGUCCACCGCGCUGCAGUGGCUGCUCCUCCUCUUCACCAGGUAUCCUGAUGUACAGGCUCGAGUGCAGGCAGAAUUGGAUCAGGUCGUGGGGAGGGACCGUCUGCCUUGCAUGGACGACCAGCCCAACCUGCACUAUGUCAUGGCCUUCCUUUAUGAAGCCAUGCGCUUCUCCAGCUUUGUGCCUGUCACCAUUCCUCAUGCCACCGCGGCAAACACUUCGCUCUUGGGCUACCACAUCCCCAAGGACACGGUGAUUUUUGUCAACCAGUGGUCUGUGAAUCAUGACCCAGUGAAGUGGCCUAACCCAGAGAACUUUGAUCCAGCUCGAUUCUUGGACAAGGACGGCUUCAUCAACAAGGACCUAACCAGCAGAGUGAUGAUUUUUUCAGUGGGCAAAAGGCGGUGCAUCGGCGAAGAACUUUCUAAGAUGCAGCUUUUUCUCUUCAUCUCCAUCUUGGCCCACCAGUGCAAUUUCAGGGCCAACCCAAAUGAGCCUGUGAAAAUGAGUUUCAGUUACGGUCUGACCAUUAAACCCAAGUCAUUUAAAGUCAAUGUCACUCUCAGAGAGUCCAUGGAGAUCCUUGAUAGUGCUGUUCAAAAGUUACAAGCCGAGGAAAUUUGCCAAUAAGAAGCCACGGGCAAGCUGAAAUUUUAGAGAUACAUCUUGGGAGAUGAGGAGUGAAAUUCAGUUUUUUUCUAGUUCCUCUUUGUGCUGCCUCUCAGUUAGCCUCUAAGGUGAGCAUAAAUCAGCUGCCCAUCCAGGUGAGGUGUGCUCCAUACCCAGUGGUUCUUCAUGAGUAGUGGCCUGCGCAGGAGCUUCUGGGAGAUUUUUUUGAGUCAAAGACUUACAGAGCCAAAGGAAUUAUUAUACAUAUAAUACAUCUUGGUUAUUUCUGAAGGUAAUAUUCUUUGGCGUUAAAACGCACACAUAGACACACAAACCCAAAAACUUACACAAACUAUUGAGUGAAGAAUUAUUUUGGUAACCACGCCAUUUUUGGUGUGAAUUCAAGAUUAGUCUUCCAUAUGCAGAAAUAGACAAAAAGUGUAUUAAACAAAGUUUCAGAAUAUAUUGUUGAAGAGACAGAGACAAGUAAUUUCAGUGUAAGGUAUAUGAUUGAAGGUGAUAAGGGAAAAUAUAAAGACCAGAAAUUCUAUUCUCACCUUUUCAGGAAAAUAACUUAGGUCUAGUAUUUAUGGGUGGAUUUAUCCUUUUGCAUACUGGUAUACUUCCUUACUUUUAAGGAUAAAUCAUAAAGUCAGUUGCUCAAAAAGAAAUCAGCAGUUGAAUUAGUGAGUAUAGUGGGGUUCCACGAUUUAUCAUGAAUUUUUAAGUACACAUUGUUACAUUGUAAAACUCUGAGCUGACACUGUACCUCUCUUGCUUGCCAAAGUACAGAAUUUCAAUUAUGAGCAAAGAAAAAAAAAAAAAGAUUACUAGCCCAGCCAAGCUUUAAAUUAUGUGACUGCAAUGUACAGACUCCAGUAAGUCUCAUAGGUUAAAAAAAGAAAAAAGUCACCAAAUAGUAUGUAAUAUAUUACUUAAUUGUCCAUAAGCAGUAUAUUAAUAUUACCUUGUUCAGGAAAAGGUUGAAUAACAUAUGUCUUGUAUAACAUUGCAAAUUGAAAAGUACAACCCAUGCAACCAAGUGUGCUAAAAAUGAGCUUGAGUAAAUCAACCACGUAUUUUUGACAUGAAAACUAAGUAGUCUCUUUUCUUCACACAAAUUUUGGCAAAUCUCAACAUUAUAUCCUAAGAUGUGUUCUUAUUUUUAUAAAGUCUUUAUUGAAAUUCUAUUUAUAAUACAGAAUCUCUAUUUGAAAAUGAUCUAAUUAAUAUGUUAAAAUUCCAAAUUCAUGACACUUUUACAUUUUAACUUAAUUUUAAAGCUAUUCUGAUUAUUAAGUUCCAGUUCAAGUUAGUGGAAAUCUGACCAUUAUCCCAUGGAAGGCAGAGAAAUCUAAGAUGUGUCUGCCCAAUGAAUAAUGAAAAAUAUUAUAAAUUUUCUGGAUGUCCUUUUUACGAGGUGACAAGAGUUGGGGAUGGAACUCUCAUUACAACUGACCAAGUGUCUCUUCUAGGUGUUUUUUUCUGAAAGUUAACAUUAAUGUCUUCUUUUUGGAAAGUCAGAAUCAGAAGAUACUCUUGGAAGCUGUUUGGAAAAGACAGUAGGGAUAAGGUCAGUUGUGUUUUCUAAGAUGGCAAUUACUUUGGUAGCUGGGAAAGCAUGAAGUGCAAAUGAAAUGUAUGUGUUUGGUUUAUGUAAUAACCUGAAAACAUUUAGAAAAGUGAAGUUUCAAGUUUUAAAUUUCAUUGCAAUUAAACUUCCAAAGGAAGUUUUACAGUUUCCUAAGUGCUUAUUACAUUUUAUUUAGCUUUUUGUAAUCUCUGUACCAAAAAUUUUAAAAAAGGGAGUUUAUGAUAGUUUUGUGCGUGUGUUGGGGGCAUGGCAAGAGAAAAGAGAGAAAGGCUGAAAAGAAGGAAAGAUGGUUAAACAUUUUCCCACUCGUUCCAAAUUAAUUAAUUUGGAGCACAAAAUUCGAAGCAUGAGCAUUUAGGAAAAAGAUAUUUGGCGUAGCAGAGUUAAAUCACAAAUAGGCUGUUAAAAAAAUCUACAACUUAGCAGAUCUGUUUUGUGGUUUGGAAUAUUAUAAAAUUUCAUGUAAUUUUAUUUUAAAAUUUUGUAGCUGUAGUUCUUGAAUAUAAAAAAUUGUGCCAGUAUUUUUAAAAGUAUCAAAAUCAACUAUUGAAAUCAGAUUUGCCCAAUAUAUUUAAAUGUUUUGGCACUUGCCAUUCCAAAAUAUUAUACCCCAGGAAGGCUGAGAUAGUGAACUUGGGCUGUUGUAGCCUGUGUUUUUUUAGAUUGAGAAAUGUGUAACAGCAAAAAUCAGUACCAAUCUGGAUGCCUCAUUACAUAAACCAGGUCCAGAUGUGCUAUAAUCUGUUUUUAUGUAUGUAGGCUCAGUCAUCAUCUGAUGCUUGCAGCAAAGGGAAAGCUGAGUUUAUAUAGAAGAAAGUAAGGUGCUUGGGGGUUACCUGGCUUAUUUAAUAUGUUUAUACCCUAGUUAAAGAAAGGAAAAGAAGACAAAAAACGAAUAAAAAUAACUGAAUUUGGAGGCUGCAGUAAUCGGAUUACUGCUUUAAUCAGAAGGCCUUGUUGUAUUUCUACCAGAGACAGAAUGUAUUUGCUGAUGACCGUUAAAGUCAGAAGUUUCACUCCAGGUUAUUGCAAUGAAGUAUAAUGUUUAUUAAAUGCCUGAUUUGUAUGUCAAAGCUUUGACUUUGUAAGAAAAUUGCUUUUUCCAAAACAAAAAGAUGUCUCAGGUUUAUCUUCUGAAUUUGCUAAAAGCUUUCAUGUCCCAGAACUUAGCCUUUACCUGUGAAGUAUUACUACAGCCCUAAUAUUUUCAUAGUAGAUCUAUAUUAGAUCAAAUAGUUGCAUAGCAGCAUAUAUUAAUUUGUGUGUUUUCAGCUGUGAUACAAGUGUGUGAUAAAAAGGUAUACUUGUUUAUAACUCAAGGAUACCUUCUUAUUUAACCUUUUCUUAUUUUUGUACUUUAUCAUGAAUGCUUUUAGUAUGUACGUAAUAACUACAAUACGUAAUUGUAACCAAAAUACAUUCUGGUAACACAUUUAUAUGUAACUUUUACUGUUUGCUAUAUCAAAUGAAAAAAAAAUUGUAUUGCAUUACUUAUACUGGGACACCAUUACCACAAUAAUAAAAACCACUUUCAUAA